AUGGAUGAAAAAUCAGCUGGUGGGCAUAGAAUUUUUCAGCUACAUGAACUAGAGGAGUUGAGGAAUGAAGCUUAUGAAAAUCAUAGAAUAUAUAAAGAAAAAACUAAAACUUUUCAUGAUAAAUACAUUAGCAGAAAAAAAUUAGAUGUUGGACAAAAUGUGUGGUUAUAUGAUUCUAGGCUGAAAUUAUUCCCAGGAAAAUUAAAAUCUAAAUGGAAAGGGCCUUAUGUGGUGGAAGAGACAUAUGAUCAUGGGGCUGUAAUGAUUAAAGAUCCUAAAAGUGAUCAUAACUUUAAGGUAAAUGGACAGCGGCUUAAACAUUACAUAGAACAUGAACGCCUUGCAGAAAAAGAAAUUUUAUUAUUAAAAGAAAUUCAAGAGUAAGAUCAAGGAGUCCAGCAGGAGACAUUAAAUUCAGCGCUGCAUGGGAGGCAACCCAUGGUUUUUAUUUCAUUUUGUUUGAUUUUUUUAAGCUCUGUUUUUCUUAGAAUUUCGCAGUACUUAUUUCUGUAUUUGUUUUUUCGAAAAAGUGCAGGAGGAGGCAUGUAAGACGAAGUAGAAAAUUAAAAACGAGGUUGAGGUGAUGUCUUUCGGAGCUUUAUCAUUUAUGACAACAUUUUUAAUGCUAAACUUUGCAUAUAUGCAUGCUUCACUUGAAAAUUAUAUUUUCUGCAUAUUCUGUUUCGAUUUUUCUGUGUCAUUGAAGACAAAUGUCAUUUUUAAGUUGGGGGGUGAAGUAUUCAUUAUUAAUUUAUGCUGUAGGAUGA